AUGGAGGGGUUGGUAUUUCUCAUUAUACACCCAUCAGGCCAUCAAGUUACACGCCAUAUGGUCACUGGAAAGCACUGCAGCAACUUAAGAGCAGAGACUGAAGCACGCAUGAAGGCAGUCUCCAUGAUCAUAGACUCUACAGAAGCUGUCUCUUCAGUUGUCUUUCUCACCGACGCACGAUCAGUCCUGGAAGCCCUGAUCGACAACAAAUCACCAGACCUAGCCAGAGCAAUGAGUGACCUAAGCACCAUUUGCAGCGUAGCCAUACAAUGGAUACCAGCACACUGUGGAAUGACUGGGAAUGAAGAAACUGACCAAUUGGUUAAAUCUGGAGCACAGUCAAAGCAACCAGAUGUCCAAGUCUCAUACAAGGAGAAAGUCACUAUCAUCAAAGCAAUAACAGAGCCAAGACAAGAGCCUGAUGCAUAUCACUCUUUGAACCGGCCAGAAUAA